AUGGCCGACGCCCUGCACAAGCCCUACGUCCGCCUCGCCAAACUCGAGGAGCUCGAUCGCAUAGCUGAGAUGCAGCGGCGCGCCUUCAUCGCCGACCCCGUCUUCAACUACUUCGGGCGCGUCAAAGCCACACCCGAUCCUUCUCCCCCUUUCCCCGAAAGCCCCUCUCAAACGACACCGACUGCCCCAGAAGGCGGCCUAGAAGAGCUCGGGGGGAUGAUGAUCUGGUGCCCGCCGCACAAACGCGUGUCCCCUUCUAACGUCCGCGCGCUCCUACGCACGGGCCCGCUCAAACCGCUGAAGGUCUGGGGGCCGGGCGGACUGUGGCGCUUCGCCACAACGCCCAUCCACUCCGAGCGCGUCAUGAAACGCGGGUUCAAAGCGCACCGUGCGACGAUAUCGCCCGAGGACGCGUGGUACCUCCUCCUCGCGUGCACGGACCCCGCGCACGAGGGAAAGGGAUUCAUGUCGCUAUUGACGCGCGAGGCGUUCGCGCACGCGCCGGGGAGCGUGUUCACCGUCGAAGGGAGCACGGCGAAGUCGCGGGACCGGUACGCGCAUUUUGGGUUCACGGACAUCCGCCCGGUCGUGCUGGGGAAAGGCAAAGUUGACGAGCGGGGGUACGUCGCGAAGGGGGCUGCGGCGACGGGGUUUACGGUCUAUAGCCAGAUCAAGUGGAAGUGA